AUGACUUUUAGACUGUGCAUGAACAUCUUUGGAAUCGCCUUAGCUUUUGUUAUAGUGACCCUGUCAUCAAGAAUUUCAGAAGAGAUCCGAAAAGGAGAAAUGCUCAGAACUGGUGUUCGUCUGCUGCACUUAUUCUCUUUUGGAACAUGGAUGGGCAUGCAAUUUUGGGUGACAUUUAUUGCCGGUGAGUAGAGAAUAUUUUAUCAGUGUAUAAGUAAUAGAAUGCAUGUCGAAAAAUGGUUAUUUUUUUUCCUGCGAGACUAACAGGCCUUCAUGGCGUCUAAUAAAACAUGUGAAUGUAAUUUCAGUAGACUAGGCCAGGUGGGGUAUGAAUGUAAUUUUUGUUUCUAUUAAACAAACAUGUGGACUUCUUACAGCUUUGAUAAAACUGACAGAAAAACCCAAACUUUACGUAAAUUUCAGAACAAUCUUCCUCGUGUGAAAACUGACAAAAUUUUCUACAGUCAAUUUAAACAGGGAGUUCAGUGCAUAUGAAUGAUGAAAUGAAACAAAAAGCCUUUGUUUUCCUUGUUUUGAAGCUUGUUCAAUCAGUUCUUGUUGUUUUCCAGUGUCCGUGGAAUUAUUUUUUUCGCUGUUUUAUACUUUAAGAGAGUUCAGAAGGGUGUUUUAGGAGGUUUUCUACAUAAUAGGCUUUAAGAAAUGUACUAAGACUGAAAAGGGGGGUGACGUUGGUCAAAAAACUGCGUACGUAGCAAGUAAGCCUCUCUAAAGCUGUAAGCGGAUUAACGUCGCUUUGUAAUCGAUUUAGGUCAAGUCCUUUCUUGAGUACCUCGACGUUUCUAGACAACCUUUGGUUUAUAAUAUGCGACGCCUUUUCUAUGUGGGGUUCAACUUGCCGAGUACUUUACUAGUUUCACGCAAUAGUUUGUUUCUUUCGUACUUUUAAAAUUUCUGACCGGCUACUAUUCCCAGCUGAUAAAUUAGUAACCAUGGCUGUUUCAAUUUCAAGCUCUGUGCGGGAUUUUAGAAAUCUUUUUUUUUUUUUUUUGAGCUGUUGUGUCGUGAUAUUUGCAGAGAACACGAGAACUUUUGAAGUGGUUUGCAUUGCUGAGAGAAACAACAACGGAUAGAAAACAACAGCCGUUAAAAAUUGAUUUGUUUUCCAAAACAAGUCGUCAUUCGAUGCCUCGCCCCCCUCAGUAAGGCUGAGAUGGCCUUAUGGUCUUUGCAAACACUGGAGGAAUUACUUGUUAAAUGUCUUCUAUUCAAACACGAAAAUCGGCCUUUGUCAGAAAUAAAACGAUUAUACUUAUGAAUAGGUUUAAGAAUAAUCUUAAGAACAGGUGUUAUUUUUCCGCGUUUUUUCAAGCGAGCGUAGGACAGCGCGAAGCAUCCUUCUCACGUCGCGCGUGUUUCAUGCUGUCGCUUGCCUGAUAAACAGGCAAAAAAAAAAAAAAACGCCGGUUCUCCACAGGCCAGCUUGUGAAGAAAGAAGCUUUUAUGUUACAGUCUCGAAACACCCGGACUCAAUUAAAGUACCAAAAGCGCGAAGUCGUACAAACAGACACGCAGUUGCAGUGGCACGUGAAAUGAAACAUGAAUUUCUCUGUAAUGACCUUGCAUAACGCCUGUACUGUGUUGAAAUAUCUCGGUUCAUGUUACUUCCAGUCGCUAAUUGAAUUUGCAAGUCGAAAAUCACGAAACAAAUGGUAUUUGUUGCAGGAGUGGGUGGAGAGGGAAACAUAACUUGUUUGCUUUUUAAAACAGUAAAAACUAAUGGUGUGCUAAUGCUUCUUUUCUUAGGAUUCAAUUUUCUCAUUCCUGUACUCCUCAGACUGAACUUAAAAAAAAAAAAAUAAUUAAGACUUCAGAGGACCCCUCCACGCUGCGAUGAAUCUGCAACCGGUGCACUAGACGUCACUCAAAACACGAACAGUAGAAAAACACCUGCAUUGGGGUAGCUUCAAUAAUUUAAAGUUUUUGGGUGGAGCACGUCCCCAAACCCUCCUAGUUAACGUUACUCUUGCCUGCCGCGAUCUUGAUCUUACCUCGUCUACACUAAAAGUGCGGUCAUGAUCGAAAAGCCAACAGAGAACUUAGAAAUCUUUGCACUUGUCUUGCCUUUCAGGUUACAAAAUGUACUUUACCUUGACCAGACACACCUUUGGCCGUUUACAAAGCGAACUUUUUCCUGUUUAUUUCGCUGUGGGUUCAUGUUUAUCAGCUGUCGCUUUGACUACGUAUUACCUUAUGCACCCUGUGCAGCUGUGGAAUGGAUGUGAAAAAUUACAGGUAAAGUUGCAACGAAUAACCUUUAAAUUAAAUUACCUCUGGUAGUACUGGAAGGUUUGUUCUGGCGAAUCACGUGGCUUUACUGCCGCGCUAUCCCUGCAUUAGGGUUCGUCUCCAGGUCAAGAUGAUUGACUGACAGACUAUCCGUUGUUCAAAACUGAGAUCGUUGGAAUGACCAGUCAUUCCCUCCUCUCUUGAUUUUUCUUUUUCAUUUUAAGGGAUUACGUCAUGCUAUUUUCUAUCUUUUAAAAGAGCUACAACGUUUUUUCGAGUCGCACCAAUUGAAUUUUAAACCUAAUGGUACAGUUUAAAAGACAGUAUUUAAGCAUUGAACAUAUUUUCUUUUAUCUACUGCUAAGCCUGCGCGAAGAGCGAAGAGAAACGGCUGUUUUCCCAGGCUAUCUGCUGCUUCGGAUAGCAAAAAUGGACAUGUAUUGAAACUUGAAAAUGUUUUACCAACUUUUUUAAAUUAUAAUGCUAUGCCCGCAAAAAUAACCAAGACAGUUAUUAUUAUGGUUAGUGCUUCUAGUCUGCUACAGAGGAAAAUCCUUAAAUAACAAUGACCGAGACCCGAGGUUUAUGAGCCCGCGAGACUAAGCGCCCCAGCCAAACCCUUGUUUUCACUUUAACCGCUGGACGCCAACCUGGUUGAAGUCAUUGUUAUCAAUUAAAGGUCUUGAGCUAUACAGCAGUUCUCUGUUUCGUCUGUCACGGAACGCUCCUCGCCAAAACACGGGAGGAGUAUUGUGGGUAGCCUGCGCAGUAGGCGCUUGGAAGCAGUGAGCGCAAGAAAGAACGGGCGCGUGAGAGGGAGACACGCGUGUCUCCCUCUAGCGCGUCCGUUCUUUCUUGCGCUCACUAAUUCCAAGCGCCUGCUACGCAAGAUACGUCAUUGUGACGACACGAAGAACGGCUGUGUAGCAUAGCAGACUCUAGUGCUCUCUGAUAAAAAUUGUUUCAUGUCUUCUACAGGAGCAUUUUUUGUAUAGGUACAGGGUAAAGGCACUAAGUCAUGAAUUCAGCAGAGAACUGAUGUAAAACAUCCAUUAUUCCCUCGUGACAUUUAAUAGGAGACUGCUAUUCGUGAUGAUUAGGCCUAUCAGUGAUUUGCAAUAUAAAUAACUGAAUUGUUGCUGCUUACCGUUUUUUUCAGAUAUCUGGUCUCGCUGUUUCGAUGUUAGCAACCAUGAUCAACGCCUUAUAUCUUGAACCUAAGGUCGCUACCAUUAUGAAUGAAAGGUACACAUAUGAGAAGGAACACGGAUAUGGUGACGCUGUGGGUCCCAUCAAAGAUGAGGCCUUCAAGCUGGACGAGACCUACUUGGAGAUGACCCAUCGGUUUUGCAUGGCUCACGGUUUCACAUCCAUGAUAAAUAUUCUCUCUUAUACGGGAUGUAUUCUUCAUUUAUGGUACUUGACAAAAAGUCAGGCUAUAGCGCUUUAAUAACUAAUUUAUUUUAAUUAAAAUUUCAGAGGCUCUUAAGAGAGUGUCUCUGUAAGAGCGGUCCGGUCGAUUUUCCUUGAGACACAGAUUUAGCUCAUUUCUUGUGUGUUGUAAGACAUUCAUGUACCUAUACUAAAACCACAAUCCGUUUGAUCAGAUCUCUUUAUUUUUCAGCGUUUUACGGAAAUUAAAUUUCACUCGACCGAAGGCCUGUCGUGACACUUUUCAAGACGUUAAUUUGAGGCAACUUUGCCGGACAAUUUACAACAAACUACGGGACUCAGCAAAAAACAAAUACCACAGCCAUGUAUAUUAACUCUAUCUUAUCCAUCGAGGCGACUUUCGUGAACAUCACGUUUCAAUCAAGCAAACAGGAAGACUUGAACGACACCUUAUCGGUUCGCUUAAGUCACACACGCGAAAACCGAUCAAAUUCAAGUUACAUUUUUGAAAAAGUGAGGCGUUCUUAACUGAUCCAACUAAUAUAGCUAGGAAGUAGGUGCCAUAGAAAAGGUAACUACAGAAAAAAACUUUGCGGCCCGACCUUUACUAAAACUUUAUAACUCCGUGAACUUACCUAAUUUUCGGCAAUCUCCAAGUUUUGCCGCCAUUUUGAGGGACUUGUAAACAUGAAGUGUAGCAGAUAUAAAUCGAGCAGGCAGAUCUAAAACAGUCAGAAAUACAUACGAAAGUAUUUAAAUGAACUUCACUUUCAAUUCAAGGGGCAAAAUUUGAAAUUGUUCGUUAAACCUACCAUUCCUACAUCCCCAUGCGACCAUUUCUUCCAACAAUUCAAACACUACAACUAGUGACCACUAGUGUUCGAAUUUCCUUGUCGAUUCCACCGUAAGAAAUAACCUGUGCCACCCAAGCUUCGACUCGAAUGUGAAGUACGAAUCAAACAACAUAACUGCGUCAUCUUCGAGGCCAUAUCACGCUGGUAUUUUGAUUUUCUGAUCGACAAGAACGGUGAUCCGGAGGUGAUCGCCAUGUUUACCUCAUAAAGGUGACCGCUGACCAGCCGCUGAAUGAAAACAGCACGGCGCAGGGUGGUACGUGUGGGUCACACUAAAAAAGCUUUGGGACUCUCAGUCUAAACAGUGAAGGCAUGCUUCGUGGUACAGACAACUUUUAUUUUAUUCUCAUAACUUUUUCCUUUAAAUUAGAACUGGUAUUAAUUAAUAGUUAUUUAAUUAUUUUUAACUGAGGUACCCAUAUGACUUUUUUGCUUGUCCUCAGUGGUAUAAAAUAAGGUGUCUUUUCUUCCAGAACUUUUUAUUUAUGCGUUAUUGCACGGAAUGAACACUAUACUUAAAAGGUUUGUUCUAAGUCAUUUUGCUGUUCCCAAGAAUGUAUGCAAAAUCAUAGCUUUAUACAAAGCUGACACUAAAAUAUGAUUUUCCGUAACAGUAACCAAUGCCAUUUAGGUAAGGUGUUAAUAAAACUAGCAAUGUACAAUUUUUAGCGUUUUCCACUUAUAAGACUGACAUACAAUUGUCAAGUGAACUAUGUUAGUUUCAACUCAUUCCUUGAUUUGAUGUGACCUUUUAUCACUAAACCUCAUUCUUUUCAUUUGCAAUUUUCCUGUACUUUUUUUUUCAUAUGACAACGACAAAGAGUUUUAUAAGUAAACCGAUUUUUUGGUGUACCACGCUUAUUACAUUUUAUAUUCAAAUACAUGCAAAAGGCCGGCUAAAUAAGCUCCUCCCCCUGCUCCUAAUUUUUUGGGUUGCCUUCGCCCCAUGCCUCUGACGACUCCCUGUCGGCUAAAAGGAAAUUUGAAAGACUGCUAUGCAGGACACAUUUUCUUUUUCUUCAUUUUCAUUUUCCCUCUACAAUUUUUAUAAGUAUGAAAAAUAUAAAAAAACAAAAGGUUUUUACAAGUAAACUGCUUUUUUUUUGUACCACUCUUAAUAUAUACAUAUACUUUGUUCUCGCAAAAUGGUGGCUAAGAACGGCUGAAUAUAUACCUACUUGGAAAUAAAAUGAUGCUGUUUGGUUUCCCGUUAAAACAUUACGUAAGAGUGACGCGUGUCCGUUCAAAUUGUGACAAAACCACCUCACAAAGUCAAAGCAAAAGAGAAAAAAGUGUAAUUUUCAUAGCCAACUUACAAUCUCUCCUUUUUAGACCGCUACAAGGGCCAUUGGGUCACUGCUUGAUGGUGUAAUUAUCCUUCCACUGAGCACUGGAAUUCAUGGGUCAUUUCCUUUAUUUUUGACAUUAGAACAGCUUUGAAAUCUCUAGAUUUAAGCUGGGUUGAAAAAUCCUCAUCCCUUACCCUUUCAGAAGACGACAGUACCAAUCUUAUCAAGAGACAGGGUAGCGAACCUUUCCAGUCGAAUUUAAGUGAAGGAUGGGCACUUCAUAAGCCUAAAGGUGGCGCUGUUCGCUUCUAAGAGAAAGUAAGGCAGUAUCUCACCUCCAAGUUUGAAAUUGGUGAGCAAUCUGGAAGGAAAGAGGAUCUGCGACAAGUCUCGCAACAUAUGAGGAAAGCGAAGGGGGAAAACAGGGAGGGCCUGUUUUCCCGGGAAGAGUGGCUGACCAAAGCCCAAAUACAAGGAUUUUUCUUCCGUUUGUCCUCCUCGAGAUGGAGACGGGUAGGUUCGUCUCCGAGCACCGCGGUUGACGAUAAAUCUGACGAGGAAUUAAUUGACGAGGAAGAAGUGAAUCACAUGACCACCGUCGAAUCACUUGUAACAGAAAUUGGCUUAACGCAUCCGAUUGUCUAUGACAUUGUGACUUGUGUGACUACGUCAAGGAGGGAAAAUUGAACUAUUUUACUGUUUCCAUACUUAAGGAAAUCUGUACUUUCUUCGAGCUCCCAUUUAAAUGGGAGUCGUGCAGAGGCAUGGGGCGAAGGCAACCCCAAAAAUUAGGAGCAGGAGGAGGAGCUUAUUUAGCCAGCCUUUUGCACGUAUUUGUAUAUACAAUGUGAUGAGCGUGGUACACCAAAAAAUCAGUUUACUUAUAAAACUCUUUGUCGUUGUCGCAUGAAAAAAAAAAGUACAAGAAAAUUGCAAAUGAAAAGAAUGGGGUUUAGUGAUAAAAGGUCACAUCGAAUCAAGAAAUGAGCUGAAACUAACAUAGUUCACUUGACAAUUGUAUGUCAGGCUUAUAAGUGGAAAACGUUAAAAAUUGUACAUUACUAGUUUUAUUAACACCUUACGUAAAUGACAUUAGUUACUGUUACGGAAAAUCAUAUUUUAGAGUCAGCUUUGUAUAAAGCAAUGAUUUUGCGUACAUUCUUUGGAACAGCAAAAAUGACUUAGAACAAACCUUUUAAGUAUAGUGUUCAUUCCGUGCAAUAACGCAUCAAUAAAAGGUUCUGGAAGAAAAGACACCUUAUUUUAUACUACUGAGGACAAGCAAAAAGGUCAUAUGGGUACCUCGGUUAAAAAUAUUUAAAUAACUCUAUUAAUUAAUACCAGUUCUAAUUUAAAGGAAAAAGUUAUGAGAAUAAAAUAAAAGUUGCCUGUACCACGAAGCAUGCCUUCACUGUUUAGACUGAGAGUCCUAAAACUUUUUUAGCGUGUAUAUCUUAUCACGAUAAGUUCGCCACCCACACCACCCCGCGGCGUACUGUUUUCACUCAGCAGCUGGUCAGCGGUCACCUUUAUGAGGUAAACAUGGCGAUCACCUCCGGAUCACGGUUCUUGUCGAUCAGAAAAUCAAAAUACCAGCGUGAUAUGGCCUCGAAGAUGACGCAGUUAUAUGUUGUUUGAUUCGUACUUCACAUUCGAGUCGAAGCUUGGGUGGCACAGGUUAUUUCUUACGGUGGAAUCGACAAGGGAAAUUCGAACACUAGUGGUCACUAGUUGUAGUGUUUGAAUUGUUGGAAGAAAUGGUCGCAUGGGGAUGUAGGAAUGGUAGGUUUAACGAACAAUUUCAAAUUUUGCCCCUUGAAUUGAAAGUGAAGUUCAUUUAAAUACUUUCGUAUGUAUUUCUGACUGUUUUAGAUCUACCUGCUCGAUUUAUAUCUGCUACACUUCAUGUUUACAAGUCCCUCAAAAUGGCGGCAAAACUUGGAGAUUGCCGAAAAUUAGGUAAGUUCACGGAGUUAUAAAGUUUUAGUAAAGGUCGGGCCGCAAAGUUUUUUUCUGUAGUUACCUUUUCUAUGGCACCUACUUCCUAGCUAUAUUAGUUGGAUCAGUUAAGACCGCCUCACUUUUUCAAAAAUGUAACUUGAAUUUGAUCGGUUUUCGCGUGUGUGACUUAAGCGAACCGAUAAGGUGUCGUUCAAGUCUUCCUGUUUGCUUGAUUGAAACGUGAUGUUCACGAAAGUCACCUCGAUGGAUAAGAUAGAGUUAAUAUACAUGGCUGUGGUAUUUGUUUUUUGCUGAGUCCCGUAGUUUGUUGUAAAUUGUCCGGCAAAGUUGCCUCAAAUUAACGUCUUGAAAAGUGUCACGACAGGCCUUCGGUCGAGUGAAAUUUAAUUUCUGUAAAACUCUGAAAAAUAAAGAGAUCUGAUCAAACGGAUUGUGGUUUUAGUACAGGUACAUGAAUGUCUUACAACACACAAGAAAUGAGCUAAAUCUGUGUCUCAAGGAAAAUCGACCGGACCGCUCUUACAGAGACACUCUCUUAACCGUCAAAAAUGUAGGCCAUAUUCAAUGUUUCAUAAUCGGACAAGCGCCCAGCGCGAGUUCGAUUUGAAAUCACAAGUAUAAUUUCAGACCAAAAUUGGUCUCCACUCAGUUCAAUUACCACUUUAUCACAGCCAUUCUGAAAUCGCAGAAUUUAAGCAGUACCAAUAUUUUAUUGAUCAAGUAGCCGGUUUGUUGAAAAGCGGCAACAGAAAGGCUUUUACCUCUCCUUUUGUAUUCGAAACAGAAAUGAUGCGAUAUAGAACAAAAGUGGUGCGAUUUAAAACAGAAAUGAUGCGAUUUAGAACAUGAAUGACAAAAUUUAGAGCAGGUGUGAUUUCCAAAGAAACAUACUUACUUCUAAUAUCGCCACUUUAGAAACUAGGAGGGAGGUGGAGCCAGAAAUUCGUCCUGCAAUUGAUUCUGGGAUGGUUACUGGGAACGCGCCGGUCAGCUAUUGACGUGACCAAUUUUUUCACCUGUCCCUAUUAACAGCCCCAGAAGUCAUUGCGAAAAUUAACUCUGCCCUGUUUUCUUUUCGUUUCUAAAGUGGCUCUGUAAUUAGUCGCUAGAUUAAUCUAGCGCCCAGAUCGCUGGCGUUUUUUUGUCACCCGCCUCACCUUGAGAGGUCUGGUUUCAAGACUAUAGAUGGACCUCAGGAUUAUUCAUUGUGCGUUUGGCUGCACUUGCUAUGUAUACAUAUCUAAAUAUGCCUCAAUGGGUUUAAUAUUUAUUGACUUUAUUUAGGUCUACUUUUAGCGCUUUUUUUCUCUGGGUGCGCAAGCAAAAAAAACCGUAAGAAAAGAACUACAUUUGCAAUUUAUCUCGUAAGAUAUUUAUAUGACAGGGAAGCUUGUGUUUAUCAUCAUAAAAGGGGAAGUGGGCCAAAGCCUUGCAGAAUAGUGCAUAUCAAGCCAUGAUAUAUAAUCGAAUCAACGUAGAGACUAUUAAACAGACGUUUUAGCCAAACCUUAAAGUCAGCCGAUAACAAAAGCUUUCGCAUGCUUAGGGAGGAAAAUAUUUACAAGCCCAGCCGUUGGAGAUCAAUGUAAUGUCUGCAGCUGAAGCAAUUUCAAAAUAAAGUGUCAUUCAGAUCCCUGCCUUAAAGUUAUUUAGGUGCUGAUGGCUCUGCUUUCAAUGAUCUAGAUAUUUAUUAUUUUUAUUGAAAAAAGGAAGAAUAAAUAAACUGUAUCUAGGAGCAUAAAUCAGUGUUAUUUAAUAGGCAGUGUACAUCGUACUCUGAAUUUAAUACUUUAAAGAGACUGUAAUAAAACAUGACUAACUGUCUGUAUGAUGAAACAUUGCCUAAAGGUGUAAGUUAAUAAAUAUAAACUUUUUUUGUGUCAGUUUCCCUGUGUAAGUUUGCUUAUUGCCUACAGCUUUGAGCUUUUUCUGUCGUAUGAAAGGAUUUGUAAAAUAUCAGGGGCACCCAACGGCAAUUUUCGGGAAAAUAUCUGUUCGGAAGACGAUUUGAGAACUAGAAUUUUCGGAACAUUUUUUGUAAAAUCUCUUGCUUGCCUGCCUCUCCUAGGAUUUUCGAACAUCUACAAAAUGGUAUAACUACUCAUUUUAAACGGAUAUUUACCCUAAAAAAGGCCACCUAGAAUUUUCGGGAGCCUUUUCCUGGCUGAAAUUUUCGAAAAGGGAAGUUUUGAUCCCUAUAAUUUUCGGAUCACUAGACUUUCAGCUAGGAAAUCCGAACAGAUGAAAAGUUUUUAGGGGAUAAAAAUAUGCCGAUAUCUACCGUUUAAAUACUAAAAUACGUUCAACAAUGCUAUGUUCAGUGGUUUUGAACUAUAUCCUCGUUGGGUGCCCCUGAAAUAUUGUAACUUUUGAGUCUGUAGACGAACCAUUCAAAUGAAAUCUCUUCAGCAAAACUUUCACAUGGUACUAUUUAUUUAAUAUGUGGUUCUAACUUUUGAGUCUCUGGAAUCCUGAAAUGAAAGCUUCUGAGCAAUACUUCACUGUGGUUUUGUUGCGACUAGAGUGUGCAAAAUAUGUUAAGUAGCUUCUUCCCGUGAAGGAAGGUGAUCAUUACAUAAAGGUCUGACAGUUGUCUUCCAUGAUUAGCAGCUUAAAAUACUUGAGGUUUUGAAAACUUGUCACAUGUCUACGUUGGAACUUCUUAUGUGGUAAAUAUGGUGACCACCCAGCUUCAACAGGUCAAAAAUAACCUCAGCUAGACUGGGGACAUCAAAUUAUAUUUAAUAAUAUUUGUAAAAUAGUUCAAAACAAACUAAGCGUGAUACAGACAUCAAAAUAAAAUAAACAAAAUGGAAAGAGCUGAGAGCUGCAGAUAUCGCACGCCUCGAGUUGCCUGCGCGUUUUCCUCUCCUUCCUUGAUCGGCCUUUUAUUCUGAUACCUAUUUCCCGGCCUGCUAAUCGAACAUUCGGUAGUCGAACCUAAUCGAACUCCAGUCGUUCGAUUGGGGCUUCGAUUGAGUUCGGUAAUCGAACUUAAUCGAACUCACCCAAAAAUUAUCCCCUGUGCCAAUCGAACACAAUCGAACGUUCGAAGCUCAAACACUGCAACAUCUGGUUUCAAACAAGGCGUCAAAUAAGUUGUGUAUUGGCUUCAAUUUCAAACACGAGUACGCAAGGGAGCAAAGGAGCCAACCACCUAUUUUCCACCUACAAUGUACCUAGUUUGACCUUCACAAGAAAUAUUUUGCCAUUCGCGUUAUUGUUAUUUCUUUCACAUUUAAUGAAGCUUUGUAACGCCAAAAGUGUAGCUUGUAUUGCUUCAGUUGUGCAACAGCUUUUACAAACGCCGCUUGUAGUUUUAAUAAAAAUAUAAUAUAACCGGUAGCUCUGGUAAUGACUAUUUUUGUGUAUGCGCAUGCUCUACACUGUUACGUGCGUUCAGAUAAAGUUAAGGUGUCCUUUUUUAAUCGAAACUUUAUCGAAGAAGGUUUGACUUUUCUGGUACCCUAAGAUAUAUCCGCGGUCGGUAUUGUUUCGGGAAAGAAAAUUUACCUUUUUAUACUGUGCCGUUCAUGUUUCUCAGUAUUAAUUGUGAAUUUAUCUAUUUUGAAUCGUUUUAACCCAAAGAUUUUAGUUCAUUCCGGGUUAAUUGACAUAUUUUUUAUUUCUAACUGCUUCACAUAGUAGAGGGAGAUAUUUCCGAUUCAAUUGAAACUGGAUGCGUUUUGUCUUUCUGCCGAACAAAAUCAAACUAAUCGCGUUGAUUGAGUUCGGUAAUCAGGAGGAUCGAACGGCACGAGUUCGAUUAAUCGAACUCACCGAACAGUUGCAGUUCGAUUUUAUUUGAUUACCGAACCAAUCGAACAACAAUCCGACCCAUUGAGUUCGAUUGAUUUCGUUUCGUUCGAUUAGCUAGGCCGGGAUAUGUAGAUUCAAUGGCUACGGUGUACUAAAACCGGCAUGGAAUUUUUCGACGUUUAUCAGUCAGAGGUAGGAUAAACAGAUGCAGGACAGGGGAUUACGCAACAAUUGUGAUUCUUGAUAAAUGGCCAAGAUUUAAUCCUAAUCACGUCAGGAAUACUUCUCCAUAUGUUUGGUCAAGUGCAGCACUUGAAACUUUGCCAGUUUGCGUGUUUAUGUUUCCUGUCCCUGCGCGCACGCGCGUGGAAUACACCUUUUCUUUCACCAGUGCGUCGUAGAAUAUUUUUUUGGAAAACAUGAUAGAUUGUCUUACUUGGUAAUUCAGGUCGCUUCUAUUAAUACUUUUCAGUCUACAAUUGCAAAUUUCGCACAUAAAGCACGCAAGAAUUGUUUUCCUCUUUCACAAUGACCCUAUUUAUGUUUGAAUACUCACUUUCUGAGAAAAGUCGUGACACAAACGUUCGAUCUCUAUCGUGCUUUAGAUGAUGAAAAAAAAUUAGUUUAAGUUUUAUCAUUCGAAUGAAAGCUCAGUUAUUGAGCUAAGUUCAAUCUUAGUACAAACUGUUAGUUCAUUUUUUUUUUCGAAUUCUCUUUAUUGAAAAACGUGAGAAAAGUUUUCUUUUAGGCAAUAAAUAGCGGAUACCCUGGAGAAUUUUGGCCAGGAAGUUGUCGAUCGGCCCUGGCAACACUGACCCUAUUUCAGUCCGAAAAAAAUAAUAUUCUGUACUCAGGGAGGCCUUCGUGGCUUCUUUAACAAUUUUCGAUCAAAAUAUUUAAAAUUCAUACUUGUUUUAAGCCCUAAGAGCCCCACACUUUAGGGCACGAAACAUAUAUAAGGAGAAUGGGUAAGAAUACGUGAUGUAUAGCAGGACUUAUCAACAGAAAUUCAAAGGAUUUGUUUACGAUCUUUGCUUUGAAAAGGGACGUGAAUAACCCCAUGUGUGCCAAAUUGAAAGACAGACAGACAUCAAAUUUUUGUUACUUGAAAUAUUUAUAUAUCUUAACUGUUCAUCAGUAGUAUGUCUAAAUUAAACUGUGUGCAAUUUCACAAUUGGUCUCGCCUCCAGCCAUUAAACCCUAUACCAAUUGUAGAACAUUUAAGGAGUGGGAGCUACUUACACAGUUAAUGUGAGUACAGUCGCCUAUGAGCAGGAAAACAGUCUAAAGAAAAUAUAGAUAUAGCUCGACGUUGACGGCCUUGAGUUUGCAGCCUUCUAGGACAAUAGUUUUAUAAAAACCCUGCUCCUCGCUGGUAUUCGCGGUAAAAGUUAGCUUAGCUUACUGUAGUACUCCCUCCGUUCGUUUGUUGGAAAAAAAAAAGACGAGAUCCCGAGAUCCUCCACAGCCACAGCGCUGGACCGGACCGCAGGUCAGAUUUUUGUGGCUUCAGUACUUAUCAAGGAAAAGAAAAGAAAUCAAGGUUAGGGCACAGAUCGGCUCCAAGAUCGGAACUUUUUAUAUGCAGAGACCGAAAUUCAGGUAGACCUCAGUUCACGUCUUCUUCAGCUGAUCAGGAUUCAUCAUGUUUGUCAUGUUUUCUUUUGAAAAAGCACUCUCUGAUCUGGGCUGGGCAUCCGGUAAAACAUACAUCAAUACAAUAGAAGUUCUAAAUCUGCGACUUUUUCAUACUCUCAAAAAUCGGAUAAAGUUGUCAAGGUUCAAACAGUUAUGUGACGUCUUUUGUGCCCUUGAAACAAUGCUGCUUUAAGCUAAGACGGAAGGAAAAAUACCCGACAUACCAGAAUUAAAGCUUUCUUGGAACUACACACGGCGAACGUGAAGGAUCUCUCUUAAACGAUUUCUUUCAACAGGUUUUAGCGUAAAAUUUUAGACAUAUUUGUCAUCUCAGCCGGCACCGUAACCAGGAAGUUUAUAGCUCUUGAGAGAAAGCCAUAAUAGUUGGAAUUGUCACAACUUACACGGAUCACGCGCUCAAUAAUUAUUCUUACUCACAAUUACUAGAAAGGAAAUUUAAUAACAACUACUUGUAUAGCAAAAGAAAUUAAAGAUUUGUGUGGUCACCUCAACUUUAGGCGGCCGGCUCUAAUGUAAAAUUGCAGCUUCCAAAAUUUUCUCCUUUUGUUUCCGCGUGUGAAUGUAAGGGAGGGGGUCGCGCGCGACUACUUCCCUCACUCGCGGCUGCCACGCAGGCUAUUUUCAUUGACCUUUUUUUCAGCUGUGGGAACAAUGUUCACGAAAAUCAUAAAGAUUGUGAAUUUUCUUCAAGUAAGAAUAGAUAGAUAGAGGUCACCGAAGAACAAGAUUUUCAGUGGCGUUUUCUAGUCAGAAUUUCGUUUUUUUGCGUUUUUCCGGUCUUUUUCGCUAAGUGGCGCUCGUUUGGAUAUGCAUGGUUGAAAAGAUUUCUCUCCUCUGCACAAAUCAGCAAGUUUUUUGUCACAAAGAGUUCAAGUCGUGGUUCCAAAAUUGCGGUUAAGGGCCGGUUGAGGUGUGAAUGAGUUAAUUAAGGAACAUGCUUUGGAUUCUGAUGCGCCAAAGGCCGGCAACAGUUUUUUUUAAGUCUCUCCAACAUUAAUUAAGUGCCAUCCUUUGGUUUGCCUUGAAGAUCAGAUCGGCCAUUUUGUGUUUGCUCGUGAAACUGGGGCGAGGGGAGUCGAAUCUCAUUAUGGGACUGUUUGUGGACGAACUUGGACCCACUUUCCCUCUCAACCUUUCAACAGCCAAAAGAAAUAUAUUACAGCCGCUGUUGAAACCCGCCCUCCCCAGUUACACAAUUUACUCUAUUUCUCUCCCUCCCUCCAUCCCUAACAUUUUGCGGGCCUCCUCCCCCGAGUUUCGCGAGGUUCUGCCUGAUACACGCAUUUCUAGUUCUAGAGUGUCGAACUAGAACGGUACGAAACUUUUACAAAUUUCUUACUAAACAGCUUGAGAGUUUCACCCACCACUGCGUUUUGUAAUGAGAUUCCAACCUAGCCGGUGAAUAUGACGUUUGAUUAAAACAUUCUCUCGAUGAAGAGACGCACUUAAAUGGAGUAACGAUUUCAUUCACAACAAAUGGAUAUCCACUGAUCUAUUCGUGAUUCAGGUAUUCCACUGAAAGGUUGACCGCUUUUAAACUUACCCCAGGGUAAUUAUAUUCCAAGGAAAGUUAGUCUAGACACAAACUACAGAACGUGACACUUGAAUAUCCACCUUUCAAAAGUAAUUUGAGGUUAAGGGUAUAAGGCGUAAAUAAUGAAGGAGAACCUUUUUAGAUGCAAGUGAUGUCAAUUAAACGUCCCAAUCUCAUUCUUCAAUAAACGACACUUUGUGAAUUAGGAAUAAAAUAAUUAAUAUUAAUAAAGAGAAAGAUGGCGUGUCUCCAAAACAGUUGUUUUUCUUUUUUUCAAAAUACCUUAUUUUAAUCUGAAUGCCUUUGUUACUAACCUCGAGCUCAUUUAUCAAAGCUGAAGGUAUUGAAAACACUUUCAAAAACCAUUUGGAGCGAAUUCUUACACCUGAUUACCUUAUGGUCGCCUUUAAAGCAUUUUAAAACUAAUGUUUGCACAAGAUGAUAAUUAGUCGGCACACAAAACCCUUAACCUUUCGAUUAUUUUGAUCUCUAAACACCAGUGUAAAGCCAAUAAUGCAAACAGUUUCUCCAAAUUAAAGGUUUUAGAGUAUUCAGCAGAUGAUGAGUUUAUAUAUACUAGCUGAACUUCGUAUUCAACUAUACGCUUUGAGAGAGGGGAAAGAUUUUUUUAUGAGUCAGUACUUCAUGGGUCAGUUAACUAGUUAUGAGUAAGGUCAGCAUUGAACACUGAAAAUAUUGAUUAGAGUUCAAGGCACUGCUGACUUUCGUGAUUAGGAACAAGCACUGAGCACUGACUAUAGUGAUUAGGGUUAAAAAGAGUGACUCGAGAUGGUUAGCAUUUAUUUAACUAUAUGGAUUCUUUUGACUCUUGACACAUUGCCGAUGGAUUCACUGACCCAUUUGUAUUCAAAUUCCUCUUGAAAGCGACAGUAUAUUACUAAAUCCAUCAUUAUCACCAUCGAUAAUCUCUAUAGAAAAAGAAAGAAUUUUUUGAUUAAAGGAAACUUUUCAAAUGCAGAUAUGUGUGGUUUUUACCUGCCGCGCUGUUGUUUUAACGUGUGUACUACAGCUGUGUCAAAGUGGCGCUUAAAUUAGUGGAUUUUUGCAAAUUUUCCGCAGAAAGUCGCAGGCUUCAGGAGUGCUAACACCCGAAGCCAACUGAAGCAACAUUCUCAAAGCAGUCUGUUGAGGUAUGCUACACGACACUAUGUUGGUAAUUGCAGAUUUGAUUACUUGUUCUAUUUGCAACGGUUUACUGGAGCUGGGGAUUCGCAAUCCCGGCCUAUCUCCCUGUUUUCAUGUCUUUUCCUUAAAGUGAUUUAACCUGUUGGAACUGAGCUGAAUGGACAAAGUACACUUGAAAGAAUUAGCAAUAUUAGUAUAAUUGCAUUGAUGAUUAUCGAAAAUAGAGCGCUAUGAUUGGCUAGUAGCUUCGCUUCAACCCGCUAUAAUCACCGCGCGGUGAUUAUAACAUUGAAGGCUAGCAGUUUUCAAAAUGGCAGCCAGAUUUGAUGAUGUUUCGGAGUCGGAAAUUGAUCAAUUUUAAGAAAAUGCUGUUCCUUAAAAGAUACUACAAAAUUUGGAGUCAAGAUAUUCAAAGGUAGGUUGAUAACAUUUAUCUUUUGCAAGUAACACAAGUUACUGAAGCUGUAUGUUUCCAAUUUUUUGCUUUAAAGUGUCGCCAACUUUUAGUAACUUUUGCGAAAUAUUUUGUUCUGCAGAAUGGUUUCAACAGCAGCAAGAGUUCACAAAUGAAAUCUAAAACACGGAAGUCAAUGAAUUGAAUAACUGGGUCUGGCAAAAUUUUACGUUUCCGUGAGGAAAACCGACGGCAGCUAUUAUAAGAAAACCGGCUUGUUGUCGAUCAGAGCCGCCCCUCGACCGACAUCUUAUAGCCUCGCCAAACAACAAGAAAUUUUUUAAAUUUUACUUUCUCGAAUAAUCAUCAACGUAAUUACACUAAAACAAUUAGUCGCCUGAGGUGACUACACCGUAAUUUUUAGGGAGUUAUUAUAACUCCGAAAAUGGAGUAAAAAUGUUUGGUAAAGGAUAACCCCUUUUUGGGGGUUAUUUUAACUGCUAAUUUAAUUCCGAAUUUGGGUCAUUUUUACUCCUGAAAAAUGGUUCUUUUUACUCCCAGUCUGGAGUUAAAAUAACUCCGAAAUGGGGUUACGUUUACUCCUUAGAUAGGUUGUUUUUACUCUUUUUGGAGUUAAUUUAACUCUGAAAGUGGAGUAAAAAUUUUAGGUACAGCAUAACUCCUUUUUUGGGGUUAUUUUAACUCCUUAAAAUCUGGGGUCACUUUUACUCCUGAAAAAGAGUUCUUUAAACUCCUUUUUGGAGAUAAAAUAACUCCCCAAAAAAAAACUCCACCGUAAGGAGUUAAAUUAGCCCCACUAGAGGAGUUAUUAUAACUCCUUGAAAAUUACUGUGUAAUUGUUAAAAAUAAAUGCAAUAUAAUUCGAGGAUUUCAACGCACAAAUGUAAACCGCUAUAACUUUCUUUUUCUUUACUUAGCCCUACAACUAAAAGGAAAAAUCGAUCCAUUUUACUGGACUAUCUAUCUAUCUUCUUUUCAUCAGGGCCUCAUUCAAACCAGCCUCGCUGAACUGGGCACCUCUGUAUAAAUAUUGUUCAAAAUAAAUAAAUAAAAAUUUACGUCUUUCAGCACUCUUGUAUAGCUUCCCCGUGCCCCUUGCAUUCAUUAAAGAAUUUAAGAUAAAAAUUAAAUUUAACAGUUAAUUGGACUUGAACUUUCUUAGGGAUUGGGUGGAAAUUUGGGUGCCAGAGGUGACGAGAGGCGCCAGUUCAGUACAGUUACAAAGACAGCAGUAAGGAAAAUGAAUCCGUUUUGUACUAUUUUGGGACUUGGACUCUUGGAACAACGCAACGUUAAGCUAGAUAAAAAUGUGUAGAAGGCGAACAAUGUUGCAAAUUCACAUUAACAUCAAGAAGUACAAGAUAACGGUAUUAUUGGCUCCAAAUGCCUAAAUAUGUAGCAAAUUAAAAAAGCAAACUCAGUAAUUAAUCAGGGCUCACUACAAAGUAUUUGUGAACCAGUGCGCACGUGUGGCAUGAAAAAAUGACGAAUAUAAAAAAAACAACAACAACAACAACAAUAAUAAUAAUAAUAAUAAUAAUAAUAAUAAUAAAAGGAAAUAAACAGCUGUUUUAUAAGGGAUAGCGUAAUUCCGCUUUAACUUCUUAUUAGUUACCAUAUUGAUGAACAUGAUGAAAACGGAAGUUAAUCCCUCGUGUAAAGUAGUUGGGAGGUUCGGUUUGGGGGAACUUGUACGUACUUAAGAAAAUUUCUAGCUAUGUUUAGGCUGAUGUCCCUAGCUAUUAUACAUGUAUAUCUUCGUACUCUCUGGCGAGUAAAUGUCCCCCCGAAAUUCACGCCAUUGCGAGCGAAGCGAAUAACUUCUCGACCUAUUGUAGAUCCCUGGUGCUCGUCCGUUCUUGUUGCCAGACGAUUAUGUUGUAUCUUAAAUGCCUGUAUUUACGCUAAAACCAUCAGAACUACGAAAUAUAUAGAGUUAUCACCUUCCUCAUGCUUAAAAUGUGCACUAAAUCAAAGAUUCAACAGCGGGAUCAAAAGGAACAAUCUUUUCGGCGGUAAAGUAAACGGUUUACUAAGAUGGAAGUUUUAACACUUCAAAAAAGUCAAAAGGGUUUAGAGAAGAAAAAUAGCCAUCUGUUACAUCACGUCUUUAACAAUAAAAUAAUAAAUAUCGGUGAGUGUUUUUGACUUGGUUGGAAAGCAUUGGUUUUUUAGCAUUUCUGUUGAACACCGACAAGAGCUGAUAAAUAGUUUUGAACAUGCAGAGACCUCCGCUUAGAGGAAUUGGAGGGAAAAGAAUUUUUAUUGAAUAUUCUUUAAUUUUAGCUCUAAUAACUAAACGUCGCCGGCACUUUAUCAAAACAAAACCAUGUUAUUAAAGAAAUUGCCCGAAAAAUUGUAUUGAAACGUUUAAUACCAGCCCUUUCUGAUUACUAAUACAGCUUUUAAUUAAUAAGCCUGAUGAAAACAGGAACCUUUUUUAAUGUAAAUGAAACAUCUUUUAUCCCCGUCUCCACAGAAAACCAAACGUGAAAUAACCAUUCAAUUAUAUUGCGGGCCGUCUGUUGUGUAAAUUAUAGCACUAAUUAGUAAUUGCUUGGAAAAUAAACGCUUUUAGUAUCAGUUAAGAGGGUGUCAUCGUAGACGCCAUUUUUUGGAAGAAAAAAAUGGAGUUAAGAGUCUAUAGUUUUCCCUCUAGAAAUAUAAGAUGUGUGAGAAAAUGUGCCUCUCAAUUCAUGAAAAACAUGGUGCUUUCCCUAUAAACUUGUUGUCAAAACAGAAACUAUUGCAUUAGGAUGCGAUUAAAAAUGGAGGCAUAUACAUCGCCAUGAUCAGCAACGUCUAUGCAAUUAAAAUCUGCCUAAUAGAUGCGUCAGCAUAUUGUCAUACUUCAAUUGGUGGCGUCUCAUGUCUGAAAUGUUGAAUGCAUCUCAUAAAAAAGAGAUUAACGAGGCAUAUUUUCACCUGUCAACUGCAUCAAGGAUAUUUAAUAAUCAAUUGGGAGGUUUCACACACCGUCUGAAAGGAAAAUUCAAACUACGAAACAAUUCCUUGUAAGUUAAGCUCUUCAGCUUGUAGGGAAUUGGAGGAAUACAUUUAUAGCUUUCCAACGAAAAACACUGAUAGCGAUUUGGAAAUGCUCUGUUUAAACUGUACAUUCACGUAAAGCGGAAUUGAAUGGCACCCGCUCAUAUAUAAAGCUAACACCACUUAAAUAUCGUUAAACAGUUUAUUUCUUUCAUAUAUGUCCCUAAAAUAUUUUUGUUUUGGUUCGAUAACAACAGCGAAAAAAGCAAAAAUAUAAAUUUACGUGCAAUGUAUACUACUAUCGAACACUUUUACGGAAUUUUUGUUUUGUGCGAAAUGUCUUACGUUAUUUUUAUGUGCCCUUCAAAAAUCAAUUAAACUAAUGGAACUUUUUUUGAUUAUAGGUAUUAAAACUCACCCUGUCGCUUUAACAAAUCAUUAUUCUUACAGAAAAACUAAUGAAAACUAACUUGCAAGUUACGACUUCAAACUUUUAGACCGAUUCCAGUGUCACGUACUUCAAGAACUCAUGUAGAUCAUUGUAAGUAGUCAGUGGUCAUUUGUGGCUGGAAAAAAGGAUCGACUUGAAAAGCGACAUAGAAGAAAAUCGUAAACCUAAAUGUAGCAAAUGAUUAAAACACGCUAGGCGAGCUUCUCUCCUAGUAUCAUAUGGCAGUAAAGUUGCCGCCUUCAAAACAAGAAGCUUAAUUUGGGUAUAGCUUUUUCUUGUUCAGUUUUUCCUUGAGAAGUUUUCCUAGCACGAAUCCAUAGGAGUAAACGGAAAAAUAUGGCUAACGUUCCGUUGCAACGAAAAGUCCCCGUAUGUAUAUCUUGUCAUUUGCACUACAGAAAAGAAUUGUCAAGAAAAACUCGUUAUUAUUCAUGUAUAUGAGGCCACGAAAAUGAGCGGAAAGUGCAUGCAAAAAACUGUUAGCGGAGAAGUAAUCGUGCGCCCACGCAAUCGAUUAGGGAUUUUGUCUUCCUAUAUUGUCUUUUUGUGUGUCUAUAGGAAACAGCGCGCUAAAUUGGUCUGUCAAAACGUUUGUGUUAUGGAUGUGUUUGCACAGUGAAUUUUAAAAAUGCUUCAAGUUUUAGAAAAUGGGCCAAUCGGAGGAGAGCAGAUUUUUUUAAAAAGUAGUAGAUUCUUAAAACUUUGAACCAAGUUUAUCUCUGUAACGAAUUUUACCACGUGUUUCUUUGCUAAAAUUUAGUGCAAAAUUUUAAAAUCAUAAUGCUGUAACGAAUAUUUGCCACGUGAAUAACUGUCGUAGACAAUGUUAGUCUGUACUAAUAAAUACAAGAAGUGUACACGCGCUCCAACGAAUUUUUUGCCACGUGCUUCAUUGUCUUGUAAGGUAAUCAAUUCUACACGGCCCUCUGAAUGAUUAGCAAAUAACUCUGACAUAUACUAUGCAUGAAUAAAUAUUUGAAAAUUCCAUGAACUCAUCACGGUUUCCAAUAAGUCUACAAGAAAAUGAGACGGAAUUCUAACCUACUUUGACCAACUCAUGCACUUUUAAGAACAACUGUAUCCUCUUUUUUCGUUUUUAUCCUCGUUUUAUUCUUUUCAUCCAAUUGCGUGACAGCUACAGUCAUUACGGAUGAGCGGUCAAUGACGUAUCCAGCCAACCGUAUAAAGAUAGAAGCACACAUCUAACAACAUCAUUUGGAGGCAAGUUUGAAUUCAGUGAAAACAAACAUCUCCCAGUAACCGUUGACGUUCUGAAUUUGUUUUAGCGCGGUUUGCAGAAAAAGAAGCGUGGAAGCAAAAUGAUGAUGAAGUUGGCAAUUCUCUUAUGGACUCUGAUGUCAGUUCAGAGUCGCCCUUAUUGUAAGUUUAGUUUCUUUUUAACAGUUUUAGUUAACGCCAGUCAAGAAAUCAUGCAACUAUAUUCAACUGUACAAAAUAACGACCAAACCAUUUAGAGCUGAAUUUAGAAUAUUUUUCUUUGUGGAACGGCUAUUCUCAUUUGGUUAUUCUUUUUCGUAACAUUAGUUCCAAAAUUUACUUACUUUAGCAGCUGUUAAAUUUUAAAACAGGAGUUUAUGCAAAUAGCUUUGUUGUUUCUAACGAUUUGACUCUAUAACUUAGUUCCUUAUUGUCCACAUUUAACUCUACAUCCGUUUCAAUUUUAGGCUGCUUCCUCCAUUCCUGAUAGGUUUAGAGCACGUUUUUGCGUUUUAGUUAUGUAGUGUAUAUAACGUCUUGACUAGAAAAUAAUAAUAAUUAAAAAACUCUGCAAAUUUACGUUGACGAGUGCAUGUCGGAUCAUAUGUGCCGGACGCUGAGUUUUUGUUCUUGCCAUUAAAAUCACGUGAUCCCGGUUAGUAAAUUCUUAGACAUCGGAAGUCCGCGCUUUUUACCCCCUAACCACGAAAUUGCCCUGUUUAUUUAAGUGCAAUGCAAUUGUUCAGGGGAGGGGUUGAAGAAGUGAGAAUACAAUGGAUAAUAGUUGAAUUCAUAAUCUGACACCUAUCCGUUCUCAGUUUCAUAUUCGUGGAGUCUGGGUAAGAUGACGCUCUCACGUGAUAAAAUGACUGCUCUCAGUGGUACCCAUUGCUUUUCAUGUAACGAAUAACGUCACGCGCUGUUUUUUAAACUAAAUUUAACUGCAAUAUAAAUGUCUAGAAACCGGCUAGUUUGUAACUGAAUUAUGUUAUUCAGUGUAUUUAGAGAACGAUGAAAGAGGUGGAAAUGUGCAUAGUCACAUUGUACGCGUGAACGAAGAUUAUAAUGACGAGAGUCUCAGAGGUUUCCAAGAAGACGAUUCUGUUGAAGAAGAGAUCGUUGCCGUUAAUGAAGGUAAUGCGAUGAAGGACGCUUUGCGUGAUGAGAAACUUUUCAGAUGUUUUAUAACGCUUUAUAAGGAAUUAUAAGGCACUUUCACUGAUCUAUGAUGAGGCGGAAACACCGACGGUUAAGAAACCUGUUUGAUUUUCAAGUCAUUGCCAUUGGUGAUUCUGGCGAUGAUGCCAUUUAUUAAGGUGGCUGAACACAGUUUUGGCAGUUUCUGAGUAUAGGUCAUUUGCCAAAUUAUGGCAAGAGAAAGGUUGCAGCUCACAAGCUGAAACUUGGCAAGUGAAAAAUAUACUGAUGAAAGAUUUUGACUGACAGGUAAAAUUUGACGUUUUCGUAGUUUCCAUGGCAACAUGAACGAUUAAAUACAACCCUAAAAUUUCACCUUUACUCAGUUUACUUAAAAUUCGCUCAUUAGAUUUUCCUAUAAACUCGCACACAGCUUACUAGAAUUAGUCAUUAACAUUUGAAACUCAUUUGACCAAAUUUUAACGGAGGGGCUUUUAGAUAAUCACUAAUAUAUAGAUUUAGCCAGGGCUAAAAGCGAAGCUCCCGUUAAUAAAUUCAUAAUUUAAAUCAAACAAUAAACUUGUAAUCCACAGAUCAGGGAACAUUCAUUUGACUUUUGAGGCAAAGGCUGAGUGAUUUUAGAGAAAAAUCAGAAUUUGACCGUCCAAGAGUGAAACAAAUUUUACAUCAAGUUAUUUGUACACCGAAAAAUAGCAAUCAUGUUCGAUCACAGUAGAUUAGGCCUGGAAAACAAAUAGACCUAUUCGUGUAUUGUAUUUGCAUUAGCUGUAGCAUCAUAAUGUGGCAUUCACCAGUCUCUCCAACAUUGCUCCGUUAGAGAGACUAUGGAUAAUUGGACAAUCCCGAAAUAUAAUUUUAAGAAACACAUGCGCCACGAUAGUCCUUGGUGGCACCCAAUUUACUCGUUGCAUUCCCCUGUCUAAAAGAGAGGCCAAAAUAAAAAUCAGGCCGGAUUUUUUGUGUUCGACAAGUUUAGUUUACUAGUAAAUCUUGGCGACGAAUCUGGUGGCGUGUAAACCAGCCUUUUAAACAUACUUUUUCUCAUCACGUCUCAGGUAAACAGUACACAGACCUCGGACAGAAUAUGUUCUUUUUUGCCCUAUUUAAACCUAUAAUUCUGCAGUUUUUCACAAUUUUGCAAGAGAAUUUGCACUCAUUCAAUAUCCACGACGACCAAAGCACGCGCUUCCUUUGCAAAACAAAUUAUAGCAUUGAAUUAUAAAACGUUUUCUGUUAGAAAAAUCUGGUCUUAUGUGAUAUGCGGGGUAAUAAUUAUGGGCUUUUAAUGAAAAUGAUAAAAAAAAUUCCCAAAAUCACUUUUCGGCCAGCCGGACGGGUUCUCACUUUUGACAGGCACCAAAUUUGCAGUGCGAUUAAUAGAGUUACCAUUUACGCUUCAACAUGAUAGAGAAAUUGUUAUGUUUAGGUUUUGUUUCCCUUUAUUCAUUAAACUGUGUAUGAUUUUGUUAUGUGUAAUCUUUAAAAGCGAGUGAUAUUUACGCGCGGCGUUUUGAGUAUUCCUACAUGCGAUGUUUAUGUUCGACUGGAAACAACCGGUGCAGCGAUGAAAAUUGCGAGAGGGACUACUAACAAUCAAUAAAAUAAGUUUAAUUCGAUGAAACAUGUACAGAGACAAUAAUUUUCAUUCACGAAGAGAAGUAUUGAGAGUAAAGUGUCUCAGAAAAUAAUGAGUCAGGCAAGCAUAAGCUUAUUUAUAUUUUAAGCCGGCUUCCCGAUGUUCGCCCUUUUUCAAGAUGAACUCGAGGCAAGAAAAUCGCUCAGAGCUUUCUGUUUACAGCCAAAAUCAUAACUAAAUAAUCUUCGGAACCUUUUCUUUGAAUUUGCGGGUCAAAAUAUUUCUAAAGGCUUUUUAAACCUGAUACUAUUGUAGGUUAGAUCAUUGCUCGUGUUUUAACUUAAUUAAGCCGCAUAAACCAUACGCUCGACUUCAGGAAACCGAAAAAAAAAACAUCAAAAACAAUAAUGGCUCAAGCUUACCAGUCGAGAUGCUGCUUCUGAAGGUCAUCAAGUGUUCCAGAAUCGCUUGAGACUUUUCAACCUUCUUACGCCUCAAGCAAGGGCAAGUGAGUAAGCUCAUUUUUGAAAACGAUGCCAUCCGAAAUCAGAUUUCCAAUGACUUUGACAAGCGGUGCAUUUGUCAACAAAAAGCGCAAUAAACAAACCAGCCACGAAUUACAGAACAAUCUUGAUAGCAGCUGUAUUUCAUUUUGUACACCAAGUAGAAAAAGAUAGUUUAAAACAUCACAAGAUGACACAAAACUCUCUCAGCUCCAGCUAUCAGUAAGCAAGUUUCCAGACGCUGCAAAAAUUUUCCGCAUAAAAUUUUGACCAAUCAGAACAUAAAAAUUGGACGUAGAGCGUGAUCAACGCGUGACAGUGAGAAAAGUCAAAAGCGAUUGCCUUCCCUGCAUGUAAAUGUAAAAGCCGGUUGAAUUUUCGUGUCCGAGAUCAGUUCGAAAUCAACAUUUUAAAAGUGCGGCUCAUGAAACACGACUUAUUUCAUAUGCAUUUUAAAAAAAUUGAACUUGAGCCUGCGAUCAUUUGAAAAGUAGCAACUUGUCAGCGAAUACCUUCAAAAUAUUACUCGAACUCAGAGGGUCGAUACCUGAGCCCGCGAUACGGUCAGGCGAUACUGGUCAGCAGAAACACUGUUUUGACAGCUGUCAAUUAAUCAAAACAUGGAUGUUUAAUAUCAGGUUGCAGGCUCCCAAACUAGCUAGAAAGUGUGAGAUUAAACAUUGGUAUGCCUGUGGUGCGGACGGACGGAAGGUCGGGUGGUCGGUGUACUGUCACGUGAUUACCGAAUUUUCUAGGAUGGAUAGAUUCUCUAUAAAGCUAUGGGGCUUCGAAUUGAGCCCGUGAUCAAAUAAAAUAUCAGCGCAAAACUUUAAACACUACGUGACCUCAAUAGAUAGAAAAAUGAGACCGCGAUCCACUCAGGUGAUGAUGGUCAGCGUAUACUCUAGUUUGACAGCUGUCAAUUAACCUUCAUUAGAAUGGCGAAUAUUCGAAUUAACAGACUACGGGUGUGAGUAGGACAUUUCCGUCCGGCAUGUAGUGGAAAAUGCCAGAUCGUGUACCUGAGGGAACCUGAGCCCUCGUUAUUAGUUUUCUGAAAGCGGUCUGCACAUGUCCCAUUUUGACAGCUGUCAAUUGACCUUAAUUUGGCCUGCCAAUGUAACUUUAAACGACUGUCAGCCAACUGACAGCCUUGCCCGGCGUAGUUUCGUUUUUAUGUUGAAUUGGUAAGUGUGACAUUUUAUAUCAGCUUAUAUAUAGGGGCAAAACGACUGGUCUUUUAUCUGAGCCCGCGAGACGGUCAUGUGAUAAUUGUCAGCGGAUGGUUGAUUUUGACAGCUGUCAAUCUAAUCGUACUCAUACGGAUGGCUUACAUAACUAAGAGGCUAGUCAAGGUGUGCAAGAUCUAUUGUGACAUUUGACAUCGGCUUACAUAAAGUGUCUGUACGGACGGGCGUACGCUACGUCAUAACCAAAUUUUCUCGGAUGGAUAGUUUACCAAAUUUUCUUACCCAUGGUGCUCCGCUGCGCGCGCGCUUCGCGCGCGCGGGAGCUCCGCUAAUAUAAUUGUACUGUAAUUAUUAAAUGUGUCACAAAAUUCGUCUGUUCAACUUCCAUUUUACAGUUCUCAUCAUUUAAAAUACGAUAAAAGUAAAAAUUUCGCCAAAUAUCACAAAAUUUUAUAGAGUAGAUUUUGAGAAAUCGUCUUCUGUGUACCAUUGCUUUUUUCUCCGCCAUGUUUGUUUGUCUAAGUUAAAACACACGCUACCGCUGACCGCCCGUAAAACUGUGUUCAGCCACCUUAACUUACUUUGCAUAUCAGAGUAAACGCACAAUAGCUCUGAAUUUUAAGUGGAGUCAUAUCGUUAACCCAAAACCCACCUGAUUACUCUGGCCAAUCAGAACACGAGAUAUAUAUGAGAUAUAUAAACCAAUCACGCAAAGGCAAAUACACACAGUUUGUGAAAAGCGCGGGAAAAACGCGAGUGAACAAUUCAUAGCUGAGGUCAGUUUACUUAUGAUUGGUUAAUCGACCUCGUUCCCGCGAUCUCUCCUCUUCCUGGGAACGAGGUUGUGCAAAACGUAAUAAAAACAGGUCUAAUAAUUUUCUAUGUUUUGCUUUCUCAGCUCCUCGCAAUAAGCCUAGAUGUCAACUGUUCGAGGGAGACUUGUGCCUUGACGAAGGGGACAAGGCUGUUGUAAAUCAUAAAAGACCUGAGGCGGAUAUGAAGAGAAAUGUCAUACGCGUUCAGAAGAAACUCUGGCCUAACAAAGUGGUUUACUAUUCUGUGGACGAAAAUUUGAGUAGGUUCAUAGAACUAAAUGUAAAAAUUAGACUUCAUCCAUAUACUUGUUGAUUAUGGUAAUGUAUCGCCCCUUUUAAGGGGAAUGCGGAUUUCCGGAAUCCGGAAAAUUUUUGCUUGUAGAAUCCGGAAUCCUGGGCUUUGGACUCCUGAAUGAAGCUCAAAGAAUUAGGAAUCCCUCUAACAUAUUCGUUUAGAAUACAGCAUCAAAGUUUCACUGACGAAAACUGGAAUCCGGUACUUUGAAUCCGGAAUCCACGGCGUAGAAUCCAGAAUUCAAGACUGUCUUGGAUUCCCUGAAUAACAGUCAAUCAAAAGAAGAAAUUCUCAAAUCAAACUGCAUUUUUCUUAAAACUAAGAAAGUUUGUAACUGAUCAGAGACUUUGCAUAAAUUUUUCCUUUUCACUAAGAAACCUGGCUAGUCCCCAGACGUCUUCGCGUAACGUGCGCGUAAGGAACAGGGGGUGAUGGGAAGGGAAGAGGGAAGAAGACUCUCUCCCUCGCUUUCCUCCUUCCCAUCACACCCCUCGCUCCACUAAGGAGAGACAGAGAGAGAGAGACAACCGGGGACUAGUCAGCUAAUGAACCAACUCAUUAAAACCAGAAACAGAAGCAAAUAAGUGUGAAAAUGAGAAAAACUGCUAUUUUGAUACACAAAAAAGCCAAGCGUUUCCCGCAGAACGGGUGCGAAUACUAAAUGAUCCACAAAGCACAAAUUUCAAGGCAGCGGGAAAAUGUAGAGCACGUGAUAUACACGCAAACCACACCUUGAAAAAGUUGGGAGUGGCUUGACUUUUCUAGCUUUGAGUUCCCAUAAAGUUUUGUGUAAUCACUUACCCGGAUCUCUUGUUGACGAAACCGAAGCUUCGUCAACAAGAUAUCGGGGAACGAGAUUAAAUUGCUAUCUCUUUCGUAAGAGUGGGUCGGUCAAAAAAGCAAAAAGAAAAAAAAAAUAAACCAAACCAGGCCAAAACUAGUUGAGCAUAAUACUGUAAAACCGACAUUGGAAUUUAUGCAUUAAACAUUAAACAUUAUGGGCCAAAUAUUUAAACGUGGUUUAGCCAGUGUUUAACAAAACCGCGUUCUAAGUCAUUUUCAAUUUGCCCAACGAUUUUAUUGUGAACAGUUUUAUGAAAGCAUAUAAAGAAGACUAGAAAAGCAUUUAUCUUCUUAAAACAACGCCCACCAAAGAAGAGAUCUGGAGUUUCAAAGAUUCGUUAAACCGCGGCUUAAGUUAGACUUCAUUUAAUAUUUGGCCCUAUGCAUUUAAAAUAUACAUAUUUCCGACUGUAAAAUCAGCAAUUAUAUGAAAGAAGAUCAUCGCAGUUACAGACGCAACUUUUGCAGUUGCGAAAAGAAAGCCUGAAAAAAAAUUCAGGCCUGUAAAAUCAGCCUUGCUUCUUUCUGUGACUCAUUUAGCAUUUCUUCUCAAAUUCCUUUAGGAGAUUUGCGACCAAAGAUUGCGGACGCCAUCCGUGCAUUCCAUGACAAGACGUGCUUGAAGUUUCGCGAAGUUGACCAGACUUAUGGAGGAGAUUAUGUCAAAAUGCACAAGGGAAAUGGGUGAGUAGAAAUGAAAUGCUAACAAGGGGAACUGACAUUUAGCAAUUACAGUAAUUUCAAGCUCUUUCAUUACAAUGUACAAAAAAUAAGUAAGGGUAUUAAAAUUUAACCAAAUAGGAAACUCUAGUUGAUUCACACUUGAAUCGUCUUUGUUUCACAUAGAAUAACCCAUUCUCUGUACAUGUUUUAUGCGCUAAGACCUCUGGGAUCGUUUGAGUCAACAAUAAAAGCAAAUGAUUGGUUCAUGGCUGCCUUUGGAUACCAUCAGUCAAUCAGAAAUAACGCUUAGUCCCCAAACGGUGCCAAAAAUGUUCGCGCCGAUAAUUCAUACCCACUUUCUCCAAAUUUUUAUGUAGUUGCGAACAGACCAAUACUAUGGCACUGUACUGUUACCAUCACAAAGUUAGCUGAAUCAUGAUAUCCUGGCCACCGAGGCCUGCCAUUAAAUAUUUUAGGGUGAAAUAACUCCAUCUGGACAGUAGAUAGAAUCUUCGGAGAUCGCACGGGCCCCUUUUUCGUUACUUAGACUAUACCAACAGACAUUUAAGACACGUUUCUCGUUUCUUGCAAACGAUUCAUCAUAGUGAGUAAUGAAAGAGUUCAAAGUUCCCUCAUAUCUGAGUUUUUCUUACGUACACUUGACUGUCAUUCAGAAAUUUCAUAAAGAACAAACCCUGCGACGCGUGACUUUAAAUUUAAACCGUGAUUGGAUAAUUGCUUUUUUUGAUUCCCGUAUCGAAGCAAUUCCGAAAGUGGAAAUGCUCUGGACUGGUAGCUUACAGUCGAGACACAUGCAGGAGAAGAAAUCCAAUUUUUUUGCAACUUUCUUUAAUGCUGCAACCCUACAUUCCAUGAUCUAGAGAUGGCGUUACACUUCACACAAAUGUCCAGUGCUGGCCACAAGAUCCCUACUUUCCUUUUUCAUCCUUAUAGUGGGGCGGAUAUGUGCAGAUUUGGGUCCGGAUUGUUCACUUUUUGUUAAAAUCACCAAAUUUUCAGGAAUGACAGAACUAAUUAUGACUAUUAAAAUGUGAUAUGGUGCCAUCGCAAAUUUUUCCUGUUAAACUGGUUUUUGGAGUGAAAAUUAAACCGGCCGCCAUUUUGACCGGAAGUAUUUAUCAUCUAGCCGAAAGUACACAAAAUUAAGCAUUUUUUAAGCCAAAAUAACGAUCAAAUUGUUUAUUAUAUAAACUAAUCGUGGCUAUUAAUAUGUGAUGUGGUGCCAUCGCAAAUUCUUCCUGUUAAACCGGCUUUUGGAGUUAUUACUAAAAUGUUCGCCAUUUUGACCGGAAGUAAAUAUCACCCAACUAAAACUACACGAAAUUUAGCACGUUAAGGUCAAAAUAACGACAAAAUUGUUUGUUCUAUGUUUUUUCGGAAAUUUAUGUCAUAUAAAAAAGUCAACCGUGUUACAAAUUAGCAGAUUAAAUGAAAGAACCGGAGGUAAAAGCGGGCCAAAAUGGAAAAUGCAACUCAUUCAAAGUAACUCAUUUCAGUAGUGCAUUUAAAACAAAUGUGAAACAAUGAUUCACAUUUUUAAGCAUAGGAAAGGCCAAACAUUCGAACAAAUUAAACCAGCAAAAAACAGAUUAUUUCUUUUUACUUGGCUUAACCCUUUAAGUCCCAAUAGUGACCAACAUCAAUCUUCUUCUGACUCACAAUAUCCAUACAAGGUCAAGAGAUUAGGUUCUUAGAAUUAAUAAAAUUAUCACCUGAGAGAAAAUGCUUUUCUCUCUUUUAUCAAAUUAUCUCAACUUAUUCUUUUAAGGAAAUGUAUAGAGACCAGUUUGAAGAACUUGUAAGAGUUAAAAGAGUUGAUCCAUUAUUAACUAGAAUGCAGAAUGCUUUGCGGUUUUCAAAGUAAUUUGAGGUAUAAUAGCUCCACCAUUUUGUGUUAUUGAGGAGUAUAAAUAACACCCUUUGCAUGUACAUAUUGGAUUGAAAUUGCUUUCACGAUAACGUCUUCUCACCUCAAAGUUUACCAUUUUCAAAAAGUUUCCGGGAAAUCCGUUUGGAAGGUAAAUGGGUCCCCUACUCAGCCUACUCUUUACAAACAGUGUCUGGGUUCUUUAACUUCCCACAGCAUUUUAUAUGAACAAGGACCGUGAGAAGGGGCCUACAGGUUUUUUUUUUUUUAUUCCAAUAAGACUAGAAAGUCUAACCGUUUGGAGAUGACAUUAAAAAGGCAGCACUUCUCGUCAGUUAUUUAAAGAUCCUGAUCGAUAAUUGGUCUGGCCGGGGUUUGAAACCGCGGCUUCCCGCUCAGUAGACCGGUGUUUUACCCACCUGGAGCUAACCAGGCGGCGGUUUAAUUCAGCUGUAUUUCAUGAUCACUAUCAAGUGAAUCUGCGCCUCUCUCGACCGAAGUGAGAGUUAGUCUCUAAUCUUCAAUGUAACCACCCCCAGAAUGCCAUUUAAUCAUCAUGGACUGAGCAGCACUGACUAUCAUGCUAAAGUCCACAUGCAAGAAAAUAAGGAAAGAGCGUUUUCCGAAUGUGCAUCACUUACGUUAAUCCCCUGAGCAUGUAAAAUGUAUUCUCUUGGAUAUAGUACGUGACAAAUAUGUCGCGCCGAGAACGGCUUGAAGACUAAGAUCUGGGGUAAACGUGUAUCAGGAGCUAUACUAAGAAACUGGAAAAAGCUAGUUCUUUUGUAAAGAUCGAAACAAGCGGGUGUUUUUUAGAUUCCUUGCACAUUGAGCAACGCAUGUCGUCUAGGGCCAGACGUCCAGUCUUUUCCCUGCAUCGUUUGAAGUCAAUUCGCUAGAAAGCAUUUAUUGUUAUGCUAUAUCACAAAGCAGAUUCUCUUCUUUUAACUCUCUAUGUUGUUUGUAACCGAGACAUUUGCGUUGAGUCCACUCUCCGUUCUAACUACCCAUGAAGCUUCUCUACCAUGAAACCAAGUUAGCUUCCUUAUCAUAUAUCUUGGUACUAAUGUACAUCUAAGCUACCUUGCACCCUACGAGAUUGCUAAAGUGUUUACUAAAAAGCUGCACUUUCACUUCCUCCGUUCCAUGCAUUCACUGGAUGUGACAAAGUUAGUACUUCUGGUCACCUCCAGAAAUAAUCGGAGUUGUUUUUUCUUACACGUUCUUCUAUACGAUAGAAAAAGUAGUUCUUUGCCGUCAACUGACGAAGCCAAAAGUAGUUUCUUUGACCCGGCCUGCAUUACUUAAACAUUUCAAGGGCACGCCGAACCAUGCUGGCCACAUAUGGAGUCAGCAGGCACUGGUACCAAGCAUCUCGGUUCCAAGUCUGCAAGAUUGGGGCUGGAUAUUUCUAAGAGGAGAGUGGUGACUCUCCUGUUGAGGGUGGAACUAGUAAAGUACGCUCGUAGGAAGGGCUAUGCCUAGAAGAGUGACAAUCGUGAAAGGCGAUCCCCAACUCUUUUUUCGAUUACAAGCACUCGCCUGCAUGAAGUAUCAAGUAAUUAGGUCACUGAGAUACCAUUUGCUCUUCUUCGAUAUUCCGUAUCAAAGCCAAAGUAGGCUGAAGUUCAGUAAUGGAUUAUACAUGAUGAAAAUAGUAAAUUGAGCGUAUACAUUACAUUUAUAAAGAAAAUAUUAAAGUCAAGAAAACUAGCAGGCACAACAGAAGUUUAAGCUCAUUCCUUAAAAGUUCCGACUUAGACUACGAGCAGUCUCUCUUUUUUCUGUAGUCCGUCGAGAAAAACGCGAGACACGCAAAUGGCCAUAAACCUGAAGAAAAAGAGAGACUGCUUGCAGUCUAGUUCCGACUCUGGUAGUUUUACUUCCGGUCUAGCUGGCGGCCACAUAUCAUCUCUAUUCUACUUUUUAGACAAUUUGCGUUGAAAUAAUAUCUCUUUGUAUGAAAAAAAACAGCUGCCUUAGGCAUUAGCUGACAUUUUCUUAUCCAGGUUGCUAAAAUUCAGUUAAUUUCACUUCCGGUUCAAAAUGGCCGCCAUAAUAAAAAGUCCUAUUUUUCGCACUUAACGGACUUUUUAGCGAUGGCACCAUAUCCUAUCUUUUUUAGGGCCUUGAAAACUAUCAUCAUGCCAAAUUUCAUGCUUUUAACAGAAAGUGAACAAUUCAAGCACAUAUCUGCUCUACUAUUAGUUCCACACUUCUCAGAGGUGUGGAAGUGUGGAAAAGUCUGACAAAGUAAGGAUAUUGUCGCACUUUUCCCACAGGCACUAACCCCUUGUAAUUCUUUACUUAGUUCCACACUUCUCAGACGUGUGGAAGUGUGGAAAAGUCCGACAAAGUAAGGAUAUUGUCUCACUUUCCCCCAGUCAUGAACCCUUUGUCAUUCUUUACUUAGUUCCACACUUCCCAGAGGUGUGGAAGUGUCGAAAAGUCUGACAAAGUAAGGAUAUUGUCUCACUUUCCCCCAGUCAUGAACCCUUUGUCAUUCUUUACUUAGUUCCACACUUCUCAGAGGUGUGGAAGUGUGGAAAAGUCUGACAAAGUAAGGAUAUUGUCGCACUUUUCCCACAGGCACUAACCCUUUGUCAUUCUUUACUUAGUUCCACACUUCUCAGAGGUGUGGAAGUGUGGAAAAGUCUGACAAAGUAAGGAUAUUGUCUCACUUUCCCCCAGUCAUGAACCCUUUGUCAUUCUUUACUUAGUUCUACACUUCUCAGAGGUGUGGAAGUGUGGAAAAGUCUGACAAAGUAAGGAUAUUGUCUCACUUUCCCCCAGUCAUGAACCCUUUGUCAUUCUUUACUUAGUUCCACACUUCUCAGAGGUGUGGAAGUGUGGAAAAGUCCGACAAAGUAAGGAUAUUGUCUCACUUUCCCCCAGUCAUGAACCCUUUGUCAUUCUUUACUUAGUUCCACACUUCUCAGAGGUGUGGAAGAGUGGAAAAGUCUGACAAAGUAAGGAUAUUGUCGCACUUUUCCCACAGGCACUAACCCUUUGUCAUUCUUUACUUAGUUCCACACUUCUCAGAGGUGUGGAAGUGUCGAAAAGUCCGACAAAGUAAGGAUAUUGUCUCACUUUCCCCCAGUCAUGAACCCUUUGUCAUUCUUUACUUAGUUCUACACUUCUCAGAGGUGUGGAAGUGUGGAAAAGUCUGACAAAGUAAGGAUAUUGUCUCACUUUUCCCCAGUCAUGAACCCUUUGUCAUUCUUUACUUAGUUCCACACUUCUCAGAGGUGUGGAAGUGUGGAAAAGUCUGACAAAGUAAGGAUAAUGUCACACUUUUCCCCAGUCAUGAACCCUUUGUCAUUCUUUACUUAGUUCCACACUUCUCAGAGGUGUGGAAGUGUGGAAAAGUCCGACAAAGUAAGGAUAAUGUCACACUUUUCCCCAGUCAUGAACCCUUUGUCAUUCUUUACUUAGUUCUACACUUCUCAGAGGUGUGGAAGUGUGGAAAAGUCUGACAAAGUAAGGAUAAUGUCACACUUUUCCCCAGUCUUAAACCCUUUGUCAUUCUUUACUUAGUUCCACACUUCUCAGAGGUGUGGAAGUGUGGAAAAGUCUGACAAAGUAAGGAUAUUGUCGCACUUUUCCCCCUGUUAAGAACCCCUUGUCAUUCUUUACUUAGUUCUACAUUUCUCAGAGGUGUGGAAGUGUGGAAAAGUCUGACAAAGUCAGGAUAAUGUAACACUUUCCCCCUGGUCAUACGAAACCACUGUCAUUCUUUACUUAGUUCCACACUUCUCAGAGGUGUGGAAGUGUGGAAAAGUCUGACAAAGUAAGGAUAUUGUCGCACUUUUCCCCCUGUUAAGAACCCCUUGUCAUUCUUUACUUAGUUCUGCACUUCUCAGAAGUGUGGAAGUGUGGAAAAGUCUGACAAAGUCAGGAUAAUGUCACACUUUCCCCUGGUCAUACGAAACCACUGUCAUUCUUUACUUAGUUCUACACUUCUCAGAGGUGUGGAAGUAUGAAAUAGUCUGACAGAGUCAGGAUAUUGUCGCACUUUCCCCCCAGUCACGAAUCCCUUGACAUUCUUUCCUUAGUUACACUCCUAUGUAUGAAAUGAGAAUAAAGCGCAGUGGGAGUAUUUGUUGGUUUUAUUACUGCAACUCGUUUUACAUCUUUUUAAAUGCUAUUUUAAGCUUAGACAACAAUUCUAUGACUAGAAGAUAUUAGCCUUGUUUCACUGCCAUCUGUUUGAAUACCCGACCAUUAAACAAGCCUACGUUUUCUCUGUCACGAAGUCCCCGUCAGUCCUUUAUCUUCGUUUAUUUAUUUAUUUUUCAAGGGAAACCUCAACAACGUCAUCUCAUCUAUGUAUUUUUAUGUUUGAAAUUUUUCAUCUUUAUGUGCCAUAUAUGAGACGUCUUUUUUUCUGGGUUUUUCUCCUUCCUAUAGAUGUAUUCGGCUGACUCAAUGUCGUACCCAAUUCAAACCUUUUGGGUAUAAAACGUUUUGGUUUAGGAAUUUCUAUAUCAUUUAAAUGUGAAUGCCACAUUAUAACGCAAAUACAAUACACAAAGAACCUUAACCCAGGGAGCUUUUAAUUGGGUACAACAGUCAGGUCUCUUACGAUCGUGACAACGCUAAAAAUAGGCAGUAAAGAAUGCAGAGUAUGUGCGUUCUAUCUUCCUCGCUUUAAGAUCAACUUGAUAAAGUUUAUAAAUGCUCAAAUCAAUUCUUAUUGUUCUAUUCCUUCAUCACGUUCAUGACCUAAAUUGGUCUAAAAAUAUACAGCAUUCUGUAUAAAGUAAUAAUAGUGACUUAUCAGCCUAGAGUAGCUACCUGCAGAUCUCUCUGCGGAAAAGGGGGAUCACUGUUUACUUGCGUGUUAUAGGGUUGGCAAUAUUUAUGUUAUCUCUGCGGCACGUGACAAUACUAAAAUAUUUGCAUGGUCCACCCUCCUCUUCGUCUUUAGAGAGUCACCCUUAGGUGAAUUCUUUUUCGAUGUUUCUUGGCCUCGAGCCGCUCGCCUCCGAGCGUGGUGUUGCUUCUUUUUCAUAAUUUAUGUCCAGCAUUUACAUAACCUUAGAGAAGAGGAAAAACUGCGAAACAGUGGAUAUAUGGCGUGAUCUAACAAUUAUCAAAUUUGAACCCGUACUGAUAAGGAUGAAAGCUUGGUUGGAGAUCGGAUUUCUUAACU